AAUUAUAAUACAAAACAGAGCAGAGGGAGAGUAGAGAGAGAUCCGCGAGCUGGUGGUUGUUUCAAUUAAUUUACUUGCAAGAAAUUCACAAGAGAGAAUGGAUGCCGAUGGUUUGCCACUUGUUGGUCCAGGUGUGGACCUUACAAAGGUUGGAGCGAUUCAUCCGAAGCGAAUGCUAGCAUUUCUCAACCACUUUGUAACUCACACAACUCGAUUCCUCAACAAGUUCUCCUGUGUAUGUGAACAGAAAUUGUCCGAUCUGAACACAAGAAUACAGAGGUUAGAGGUCACCAUGAACAUCCUGGAAGCCAAGCUUGCAUCUAUUCCUGGUCUUGAGAAUGUGACUGUAGCGGCUCCCCCUGUCCCAGGACCGACACCAGAGGCCCCUCCUACUGUUGUACAAGACGUACCAGCCUUGCCUGCAGCUGAUCAACCAAAUCUACCUGCAGUAGAAGCACCCCCUGAAGCCCCGCCCACAAUGACUGUGUCUCAGGACCCACGAUACAUUAAAUACUUCAAGAUGAUAAAUAUGGGUGUACCUGUUGGUGCUUUAAGACAGAAAGUUUUGUUGGACGGUCUUAAUCCUGACUAUCUAGACACGCCUAAUGCCCCAGCACCCCAAGCCACACAAGAUGAUUCUGACUCGUCCUUUGUGGAGAGCAGUAGUGACGAACAAGAUGAGUUCAGUGAUUAGAGUUUGCAACCUCUCAUCUUCGGACACAGCUAUACGGCGGUAGUGUUUAUCGGGCAUGUUUUUGUGCCCUCGGAAAAAUGUAGGAAAACUGUACUGAGUAAAGAACUGACUAAACAUGGUAUUAGCCUUUUUGUGAUAUGGUGUACAGUAUAAGAAUGCGCUGUUUGGUUUGGUUGCAUCAUUUCUAUCUCCAUGGGUGUAUAAAGACAGAUUAACCAAAACCAAAGGCACCCGCCAUAUGUCAAAAUGGCUUUGAUUGACUUUUCCGACUCUACAAUAACAGUUUUACUGAUUUAUCUGAGGGCCAACAAAACUCAGACUAAAGUUAGGAAGAAUUUCAUGCCUGGUUUAAGUAAGCAUCAUCGACGGCAGGACAAAUCUAGAAGCAUUCUACUUUAGAAGAACUAGUUCCAUGCAGAGUGUUCUAUCCAAUCCGUUAGUUUAAGGGUGUUGGAGUUAAGUUACCAUUGAUGGUGGACUUUGUUGACGAGGGAGGUUCAAAGUUUACCCAAGAGUUUAAAAGUAUAGGUCUGCAUGCCAGUUUAAAGGGUUUGGGUACUCUCCUUGCACGACACAAAACACAACUGUCCACAAAUAUACAAUAAACUUACACGGU